UCACAUCUCACUCGUCUAAUACCGUCUCUAAAAUGUCCUUGGUAGCGUGUUCAUGGAGCGCUGCGGUCUGGGCCGCGGCGGGGCUUCUGGCGGCGUUGGCCGCGGUGGCCUUUAACUGGGCCUGGUGGCGGCCGAGGCGCCUGGAGCGAGCACUCCGGGCGCAGGGACUCCGAGGCACCCCUUACCGCUUCCUCCACGGCGACCUCCCGGAGGAGGGCCGCCUCAACGCCGACGCACUCUCCAAGCCCAUGCCGCUCUCCCACGACGUCGCUGCGCGCGCCGUUCCCUUUCUCCACCGCGCCAUGAGUGAGUUCGGGAGCACGUCGUUCAGCUGGUACGGGACUACGCCUCGAAUCACCGUUACAGAUCUGGAUUCGAUCAACGAGAUUUUUCUGGACAAAUUUGGACGAUUUGGGCGAUUUGGAAAUGUGCACCCCAUUGGCCGGUUUUUGUCUACCGGACUCAUAAGCUACGAAGGCGCGAAGUGGAUCAAGCAUAGGAGGAUCCUCAACCCCGCUUUCCACGCCGAGAAGCUGAAGCGGAUGUUGCCGGCAUUUUCUGCUUGUUGUAGCGAUUUGGUGAGCAGAUGGGAGGGUUUGAUCGGUUCAGAGGAUUAUUGUGAAUUAGAUGUUUGGCCUCAAUUGCAAUAUUUUACUGGAGAUGUGAUUUCAAGAGCAGCGUUUGGUAGCAAUUAUGAAGAAGGUAGACGAAUAUUUCAACUUCAAUCUCAGAUAGCUGACCUCGUAAUCAAUGCUAUCCAAACUGUGUAUAUCCCGGGUUCCAGGUUCCUGCCCACCCCGAUGAACAAUAAAAUUAAAGGUGUCGAUGGGGAGAUUGGAAUGCUUUUAAAAGAUAUACUGAGAAAGCGAGAAGAGGCUUUGAAAAUGGGUGAAGCAAGCAGUGAUGACCUUUUGGGCUUGCUGAUGGAAUCCAAUAUGAAACAAUACAGAGAACAUGGGAACAACAAGGAUGUUGGGAUGACCAUUGAAGAGGUAAUAGCUGAAUGCAAGCUAUUUUACUUUGCAGGGCAAGAAACGACAUCGGUGUUAUUGACAUGGACAAUGGUAGUCUUGAGCAUGCACCCUGACUGGCAAACAAAGGCCAGAGAGGAGGUUCUUCAAGUCUUUGGGCAACGCAAACCAGAGCUUGAUGGAUUGAAUCACUUAAAGAUUGUGACAAUGAUUCUAUAUGAGGUUCUUAGACUUUACCCACCCUUGCCUCUCAUGCGAAGAAGAACAAACAAGACAAUAAAGAUUGGAAAUAUAAUCUGUCCACCAGGAUCACUGCUUGCCUUGCCUGUGAUCUCCAUUCACCACGACCCAAAUUUCUGGGGCAACACUGCCAACGAAUUCAAACCGGAGAGAUUUGCUGAAGGGAUCGCCAAUGCGUCGAAAGAUCAGGUUGCUUUCUUUCCAUUUAGUGGGGGACCUCGAGUUUGUAUCGGACAAAACUUUGCAUUGCUAGAGGCUAAGAUGUUUCUGAGUAUGAUUCUUCAACGCUUUUCGUUUGAACUCUCUCCAGCUUAUGCUCAUGCUCCUCGUCUUAUUGUAACUCUACAACCUCAGUAUGGUGCUCCAUUAAGGUUGCAUAAGCUGUAGAUGUGAUGUCUCAUGUAACAAUUUCGAAAUGGAGAUCUGGUUGCCUCCUGUUGUCCAACCAAAAAAUUAUAUCCUAGUUACAGAACCAACAUGUGUGUUCUGUGAAUAUUUUGUUACUGUGAAUGCACUAGCAGUUUGUCUGGAAAAACAAUGAAUGAUCAAUGAUAGUUCAUCAA